AUGCCCAGCUUUGCGACCUAUAUACUAGGCGUGCUUGGAACAGUUUGGCAUGAGUUCUACCGUUGGAGUAAGAAGUAUGGCCCUGUCAUGCACCUCAGCAUGGGUGGACAGCCCCUCAUCAUACUUUCCACUUACCAAGCCGCACAAGAUCUACUCAACCGUCGCGGCUCACGAUACUCAGACCGCCCGCGCAUGGUUAUGGCUGGCGAGCUGGUCACUAGGGGCAUGCACAUGCUUCUCCGACCAUACAACGACCAGUACAAACUACACCAGAAGAUGGAGGCCCCGCUCCUAACCUUGCGCGCUGCGAGUAAGUACCGCCCCCUACAAGAUCUUGAGUCGCAGCAACUGCUAUGGGAUGUACUCAGCGAGUGGGACAAGUUCGGCGAGAAAGGCGUUGACUUCCACCACCACUUCGAGCGCGCAAUGGCCAGCACUAUCUACUGUUUGAAUUAUGGCUACCGGCUACAAACGGGACAGGAGAAGGAGCUGAUAGACGCGAAGCGUGUUGAGGCCGAGUUUUCGCGUACCGGAAAGGUAGGCGCGUACAUUGUUGACUCGUUUCCGUCGCUCAAUUACCUGCCCAAGUUCCUGGCACCAUGGAAGAAAGAAGGAGAAGAGCUAUUUGAGCUCGAGCGACAGCUGCAUGUUGGGAAUUUGAAGAAAGGACUGAGUGACCGGAAGUGGAAUUUUUCAAAGCAUAUGAAGGCCUCGCCGGAGGCUGCGCGAAUGUCGGAGAUUGAGCUUGCGUUUGAUGUGGGGGUCCUUGCAGAUGCUGCUUUGGAUACUUCGACUGUUGCACUGGACUGGUUUAUUGUUGCUUGGAUUACCUCGGGCUCGCGUGGCUGGGUGAAGAAGGCGCAGCAGCUGCUAGACGAGGUUGUUGGUAAGGAUCGCCUACCAAGAUUUGAAGACCGACCCAGGCUGGCCUAUAUCGACGCUAUUGCGAGCGAGACCCUCCGCUGGCGCCCUGUCUCCGCCCAGGGCGUGCCACAUUUCACCAAAGUUGAGGACGAGUACAUGGGUUACCAUAUCCCCGCCAACUCAAUUGUCCUUCCAAACGGAUUUGCCAUCAACCACGAUGAGGCCGUCUUCGGGGAGGACGUCGACAAGUUCAUCCCGGAGCGGUGGCUCGCCGAAGAAUCCGACACGGAGCACAUCGAUGUCUGCGGCUUCAACACAUCCGCCCUCAAGGAUCUCCCAAGCCCAGGAUUUGGAUUUGGGCGCAGAGCCUGUACCGGCCGUCUCAUCGCGCGCAACCAGCUUUUCAUCCAGAUGGCGCGCAUGCUGUGGUCGUUUGAUGUCGAGGCUGGCGUUGUGGAUGAGGCCACAGGCGCCAGACACAAGGUGCAUGAUAUGGACUAUACGGAGGGAUUUAUCACUCCGCCUCGGCCAUUUCGAUCCGUGAUGCGCCCGAGGGGGCAGUGGGUUCGUGAUGUGAUCCUGAAGGCCGGUACCACACAUAAUCUGGAUCACUCGGCCAUUUUGGAGGCGGCAAAGAUUGAAAGGUAG